AAUUGCCAAAAAAAACAGCAAAAAAAAAUAAAUAAAUAAAUUAAUAAAUUGGUUUGGUUUGUUUAUUUUUAAGGUUGUACAUAGUAACAACAAAGUGAUUAACAACAAAGUGUACUGAGUGAGUUGAGGUUGACAUGGCUCCAAGAAGACACGCGGGUAACAGCCAUAGUCUCCUGGAGAUAGCUGGUAAUGACGAGACGCAGAUGGAAAAUUUGGUAAAUCAUCAGCAGCUUACGUCCAACAGCAGCAACAGUAACACCAGUAAUAAUAAUAAUUCUACUCGUUGCUGUGCUCCAAGUGGCGAAUGUUUACGCGCGAACGCGCUAAUACGGUCCAACUCGCUGCAGGAUGUGGUAAAAGUUAUCUGCAACAAUGAGACAUGUCCAAUGGGGCAGUAUAUGCACCGGGAGUGCUUCGACGCCUGGGAGCAGACUCUUCUGACUUACCUGAAGAACUGCGGAAGAGCUCGCAGCUGGUCCGAGCGACAGAGGCACCAGAAUCUCUGGACUAAAAAAGGGUACGAUUUGGCCUUUAAGGCUUGUGGAUGUCGUUGUGGAAGAGGACAUCUUAAGAAAGACCUGGACUGGAUCCCUCCGGUCGGGUUUGGAAGCUUAACUGGAACUCGUGCUGAAGAAAUUGAGACCAAGAAGAAGAAGCGCCGCAACAGGCAGAACACCAGGCCUAGUUUGGCUGUCUCUGCGGGUCCUCCGUCUGCUAAUCAUAAUGGACAUGUUAAUAUCCGCAGUGGAAAUGUUUCUGAAGCUCAGAUGAUUGAGAGUCUUCGAGGAAGAGCUGGAUCUUUGUCUUCCAGCAAUGGUUCUAGCUCUCCUCCGGCUACCAGCGAGACCAGCAUCAGUCCUCUGCAUUUACCCCAGGCUAUUGUCAAGAAGAAGACCAAGGUUGACUUCUUUGGCGAGACCAGAAUUCGACAAAGUUGCGGUGCAAAUGGAAUUUUUUCUCGUCGACUCGACUUCAGCGCUUUCAACAGUCUGCCCAGAACUAAACUCAACUCCUAUCAUAUCAAGAUGGAAGAUGAAGGAAAUCACGGCAAUGAUGAUACAAGGUGUUUCAUCCUGUCAACGUUGGCUGCUCUGCAGUGGUCACGUGUUUCCUGCGUUCUUUGUCGUGCGGCGAUGCUAGUCUUCGAUAGGUAUCCUCUUGUCGAUGGUACCUUCUUCUUGUCGCCGAGGCAACACUCUCCUUCUUGUGCUGAGGUUAAAGUAGAGGGACGUACACAAUACUUAUCAGCAGUUUGUAUGACUUGUCUGGAGGGUUGCGGAAGUGCCCCCGUACGUUGUCGUGCUUGUACUGUACAAUGGGAUGGAUCAAGUCUUGUUCUCGGGACCAUGUAUAGUUAUGAUAUUUUUGCUGCCAUGCCAUGUUGUACUGAACGCCUUAAAUGCAACAGCUGCCAAAAACCAUUAAUCUAUCCCCAUCAGCGAUUGAACUUCUACUCAGACUACAGCCGAGUUUUUGCGUGUCCUCAUUGCCGAGUUGUCGACGCACACUUCGUGAAACCACUUUUGACUUGUUUCACCCGCGAACAAUUUCAACUCUACAGUCAGUGGCCGUAACCACUAGGUAACCUCUUAGACGAAAACACCAAUUUUAAUUUUACAACUAGUAAUAAUAACAAUUAUAAUGAUAAAAAUAAAAAUAAUAAUAAUAAUAAUUAUAGUAACAGUAACAGUAACAACUACUAUAGUUACAAAACUGGUAGUAAUAAUUAUUUUAAUAGUACUAGUAAUAAUAAUAAUAUUGAUGAUAACGGUAGUAAGAAAAACAAGAUUAAAAACAAUGAAACUAAUUUAGUAGCCAAGGAGAUUAAUUUUAUAAAAUUUGCCGAACAUUUACCACCGGGUAUUUUUGAGGAAUUUUCAAAUAUAAAUAUUGAUCACUACAAAAAUAUUAUCAAUAAUAUUUAUAGUAAUAAUAAUAAUAGCAAUAGCAACAGCAGUAGCAAAAGUCACCUCAGUUUUAUUUAAAAA